AUGGAAGCAGAGGUGAAUGAGGGUGAGAGUGAAAGAGAAGAGGGCAUGGAUAAUGACAGAGAUGAGGGGGUGAUUAGUGAUGAUGACUCUAGUGUUUACCGUGGUCAUUUAAAUGAGAGUGAGGUUGAUGAGCAAGAAGUAGAGCAAGUGAUGGUUACUGUAGAGGAUGGGGAGGAGGGUAGAUUUCAGUUGGGGCAGACCUUUGCUGGGGCAAAGAAAGCUAGAGAGGCCAUCAAUUCAUAUGGUGUGAAGUUUGGUUACAAAAUAAAAUUUGUAAAAAAUGAGAAAACUAGGAUAAGGGUCGUAUGUAUGAAUGAGAAAGAGUGUCCCUUUCUCAAGCAUGUGUCCAAGGAUGGUGAUGCUGAGGGUUUGGUGAUUAAGACUCUUAUUCUAGAGCAUACAUGUUGCAAACAGAGGGAGGUACCUAGUGCUAGUCAGGGAUACUUGGCUAAGUAUUUCAAGCAAGCAGUUUAUAGGAACCCAAAAUACACCUCCAAGGACAUGCAAGGUCAUGUGAAAGACCAUCUGAAAUUGCAUGUUAGUUUGGCCAAAUGCAAGUGGGCAAAGAAGGAAAUCAUAUGCAAUCUGGAGGGGAGCUACAAGGAAGAGUUCAGUAGGCUUUGUGCCUACAUUGAGAAGGUCAAGGAGUGUAUGCCAGGAAGUAGGUUAGAGCUCCAGUUAUCUACAGAACAAUUGCAAGCUGGAAAUAGAGUUUUUAAAAGACUCUUUGUCAUGCUUGAGCCGUGUAGAUUGAACUGGUUGGGAGGUUGUAGAAAAUUGAUAUCAUUGGAUGGCUGCCAUUUAAAAGGAGUCACCUUUGGCUGUCUUUUAACAGCAGUUGGAAAGAAUGGCAAUGAGGGAAUUGUUCCCAUUGCAUAG